AUAGGCAACUUCAUUCCUGAUAUUCAAAGUUUUCAAAUAUUAUCUCCCCCCGCCCAUCGUCCAUUUUGACACAAGAAAGCUCCUUCAAAAAGAUGAAGAAACAUACUCGUCGAUCUAAGCGGGGUAGCGUUCCAGAUUUGCCGUUGACGGUCGAUGAUAAACACGGCGACGAAAAGAGAGUGCGGGAGUCUGAGAUCGAAAAUGAAGCUCCUAAGAGUGAGAAUGAGGCUUUGAAGCACACGAUGACCGAUGUUUCAUCAACAUCUGGUGCUGAUGCCCAAAAUAUGAAGGAAGACUACAGCGAAAGGUCAAGCAACCAGGUUUCAGAGUUGAAGAAGAAACUAGAUGUACUAUCUCAACUCUCUGCCAAGAAAUUCAGAAUUCCUGAUGAAGCAGAUGAGUCCCAUGAGAUUCACAAAUUAAAGGCCCAAAAGGUUCAGCUUCAAUGCAAACUGAAGCUAGAGUCCAUGCAAUUCAGGCUAUGCAAGGCUUCACUUGAAAAAGAAAUUCUGCAGCUUAAAAGAGAGCAAAGGAGAACUGUGUAUAAGAUGCAUGUGCUUUUGGCUUUGAACCAGAGGCAGAAGCAUGUUUUGCAGCGAAAGAUGGAAGAGGCUCUUGUGGUUCGUAAACAGCUAAAAAGGGUAUUGCAAUCAAAAGAAGCUGCUACUUGCAAAAGAGCUGGUGUUAGAAUUGGCCAGACUGCCAGAAUUCAGGGUUUGAAGCAUGGUAUUGACACCAAAGUGCAGCUGCCUAAAGUAGGUAUAGAUUAUGAACGGGAAACUCAAAAAAUGAUUGAUGAGAUGAAAAAGCUUGAACUAGAAUCAAAGAUGAUAUGGGAAGAAAAACCUAGCUACUCCUUACAGGGCGACAAAGUUUCUGUUACAGAAUCAGAGCUAAGUGAUUUAAGAGAAGAAAUGGCUAAGCUAAGUGGUUUGAUCGGUCAGAUGAACCUAUCAAAGGCACACACCAUUCAGAACGAGAAGACACAAGUCUCUGCAGCCCACUCUUCAGUGUCGGGGAGUGUGGGAGCCGCAGUCCAUUCUUCGACUUCUAUCGGGAGUUCUGUUUUAAUAUCAACCACUGAUGCGUCUGAAACUGAGAAUUCUGAACAAGCUAAGAAUGAGACUGAAAAACCUGCACCGGGCCUAUGCUGCUCCUGCAGUAAAAAAUCAUUGUGCAAGACCCUGAAAUGUGGUUGUAGGGCUGUUGGCAGCAGUUGUGGAGCUUCUUGUGGUUGUGCUAUUUCAAAAUGCAGCAAUAGAGAUCAGCUUCCGGUCAUGUUUGAUAUUUCACCACAAUCAGAAACGGCUGAGAAAAUGUUGAGCUACUCCGGCGACACUGAAAAAGCAAAGAGCAGUGAUCAAGACACAAUGAUUCCUAAGGAUGACAAGAAGGGUACUCAGAUGAAUAAAGGUUUUGAAUUCGAGAAGCAGCCAUUACGUGACAUUGGGAACAUAACGAUCAAACAGAAUGCCAGGAAACCAGGCUGUUCAAGGAGAGGGCACAAGGUUGUUUGAGCUUGAUGCUGUCCCAAAAAUUGGCUCUUGUAUGUUGUUUAAAUGUGGCUAGGCGAUCAAAUGAUCAAAUCAAGUGUGAAAAUCCCAAUGGCACUUCAUUUUUUCUUCUUAUCAAUAGUGGAAAAUGCACCAAUGAGAGUUUUAGGUGAGGGUGUGAACCCAUUGGGCACUUCUACCUGUUUUA